CCUCGGUUCUCGCGAGACUUGCUACUCUGCUCCCCCCGCCCCCCACCUUGCGCCUGCGCACAUCUCUUCAAGCCAGAAGGUCGCGCUUGGAGGAAGUGUCGGCUUCAGGUCCCGUGGCCGUAGCGCCGUUACUACUUCUGUGAAGCUCCUCUCGGCCGUUUGCCGAGACACCCCGCAGCCAAGAUGCCUCGAAUUAUGAUCAAGGGGGGCGUGUGGAGGAAUACCGAGGAUGAAAUUCUGAAAGCAGCAGUAAUGAAAUAUGGAAAAAACCAGUGGUCUAGGAUUGCCUCACUGCUGCAUAGAAAAUCAGCAAAGCAGUGCAAAGCCAGAUGGUAUGAGUGGCUAGAUCCAAGCAUUAAGAAAACAGAAUGGUCCCGAGAAGAAGAGGAAAAACUAUUGCACUUGGCCAAGUUGAUGCCAACUCAGUGGAGGACCAUUGCGCCAAUCAUUGGAAGAACAGCUGCCCAGUGCUUGGAACACUAUGAAUUUCUUUUGGAUAAAGCUGCACAAAGAGACAAUGAAGAGGAAACGACAGAUGAUCCACGAAAACUUAAACCUGGGGAAAUAGAUCCAAAUCCAGAAACAAAACCAGCACGGCCUGAUCCGAUUGAUAUGGAUGAGGAUGAACUUGAGAUGCUUUCUGAAGCUAGAGCCCGCUUGGCAAAUACUCAGGGAAAGAAAGCCAAGAGGAAAGCAAGAGAGAAACAGUUGGAAGAAGCAAGGCGUCUUGCAGCCCUCCAGAAGAGAAGAGAACUUAGAGCAGCUGGCAUAGAAAUUCAGAAGAAGAGAAAAAAGAAGAGAGGAGUUGAUUAUAAUGCUGAAAUCCCAUUUGAAAAAAAGCCUGCUCUUGGUUUCUAUGAUACUUCUGAGGAAAACUACCAGGCUCUUGAUGCAGAUUUCAGAAAAUUAAGACAACAAGAUCUUGAUGGGGAACUAAGAUCGGAAAAAGAAGGAAGAGACAGAAAAAAAGACAAGCAGCAUUUAAAAAGGAAAAAAGAAUCUGAUUUACCAUCAGCUAUUCUUCAGACUAGUGGUGUUUCUGAAUUUACUAAAAAAAGAAGCAAACUAGUACUCCCUGCCCCUCAGAUUUCAGAUGCAGAACUCCAGGAGGUUGUAAAAGUAGGCCAAGCAAGUGAAAUUGCACGUCAGACCGCUGAGGAAUCUGGCAUAACAAACUCUGCCUCCAGUACGCUUUUGUCUGAGUACAAUGUCACCAACAACAGCAUCGCUCUUAGAACACCUCGUACACCGGCUUCCCAGGACAGAAUUCUGCAGGAAGCUCAGAACCUCAUGGCCCUGACCAAUGUGGACACCCCAUUGAAAGGUGGACUUAAUACCCCUUUGCAUGAGAGCGACUUCUCAGGUGUGACUCCACAGCGGCAGGUUGUACAGACUCCAAACACAGUUCUUUCUACCCCAUUCAGGACUCCUUCUCAUGGAUCUGAAGGGUUGACUCCCCGCAGUGGGACAACUCCCAAACCAGUUAUUAACUCCACCCCGGGUAGAACUCCUCUUCGAGACAAGUUAAACAUUAAUCCCGAGGAUGGAAUGGCAGACUACAGUGAUCCCUCUUAUGUGAAGCAGAUGGAAAGAGAAUCUCGUGAGCAUCUCCGUUUAGGAUUGUUGGGCCUCCCUGCCCCUAAGAAUGACUUUGAGAUUGUUCUGCCAGAAAAUGCUGAGAAGGAGCUGGAAGACCGUGAAAUAGAUGAUACUUACAUUGAAGAUGCUGCUGAUGUGGAUGCACGAAAGCAGGCUAUCCGAGAGGCAGAGCGUGUAAAGGAAAUGAAGCGAAUGCACAAAGCUGUCCAGAAAGAUUUGCCAAGACCAUCAGAAGUAAAUGAAACUAUUCUAAGACCCUUAAAUGUAGAACCACCUCUAACAGAUUUACAAAAAAGUGAAGAACUAAUCAAAAAAGAAAUGAUCACAAUGCUUCAUUAUGACCUUCUACAUCACCCUUAUGAACCAUCUGGAAAUAAAAAAGGAAAAACUGUAGGAUUUGGUACUAAUAAUUCAGAGCACAUUGCCUAUCUGGAACAUAACCCUUACGAAAAAUUCUCCAAAGAAGAGCUGAAAAAGGCCCAGGAUGUUUUGGUACAGGAGAUGGAAGUGGUGAAACAAGGUAUGAGCCACGGAGAACUCUCAAGUGAAGCUUAUAACCAGGUGUGGGAAGAAUGCUACAGUCAAGUUUUGUAUCUUCCUGGGCAGAGCCGCUACACACGGGCCAACUUAGCUAGCAAAAAGGACAGAAUCGAGUCACUUGAAAAGAGGCUUGAGAUAAACAGGGGUCACAUGACAACGGAAGCCAAGAGAGCUGCAAAGAUGGAAAAGAAGAUGAAAAUUUUGCUUGGGGGUUACCAGUCUCGUGCUAUGGGGCUUAUGAAACAGUUGAAUGACUUAUGGGACCAAAUCGAGCAGGCUUACUUGGAGUUACGCACUUUUGAAGAACUCAAGAAACACGAAGAUUCUGCUAUUCCCCGGAGGCUAGAGUGUCUAAAAGAAGAUGUUCAGCGACAACAGGAAAGAGAAAAAGAACUUCAGCAUAGAUAUGCUGAUCUGCUGCUGGAGAAAGAGACUUUAAAGUCCAAAUUCUGAAGCAUAGUUUAUACUCUGUCACAGGAUGAAUUAAUUGCUGGUUUUCAUACUCUGGAAGGCUGAAACUGAUGAUUAUCUUCGUUGACAAAUUUGCCCACGAUCUGUGGUUUUUCAGUUGUUUACUUUAAAUGAUAUUGAUCUUACAUAGUCUAUGUAUAAAGACUUUAACUCCACAAAAUGUUUUAGGGUUUAAAUUAUUAAGAUGAUCAUUCUUUUAGCAGUGUCAUAUUUGCAAAAAUUUUUUUAGUUUUGGCCUUUAAUUUUAAAAGCCUGGUUUUAAAGUGCUGCCUGUGAGUAAACUCUUGAAUAAAAACAAAAUAAAAGAA